AUGGAACACAUGGAACAACUACAGGGUACACUUUCACAUUUGAUGGUGGAAUUCCAGAGUCGUAUGUCCAGUUUUGAAGCUGAACUGCAGAAGGCGCCUAAUCCAUCGGCCACAGCUUCGGGUCUGGCCACAGAAUUUGCGACAUUCAAAAGCUUCAUUUUGGAUACAUUAAAUUCACUUCAGUCGCAAAUUCACAUUCUAGCCAAAUCCUUGGACAAGCUUGAAAUGCACAGUCGUAGAAAGAUCCUGCUGUUGCAUGGUGUACAGGAGCUGGAAGGUGAGGACCCCUCACAGAUUGCAGUGAAGACGGUAUCAGAGAGGCUGAUGAGUGAAUUUGCACUACAACACAUUAAACGGUGCCACAGGAUGGGUCGUGUGAAUAAUAGUAGCAGACCUCGUCCUAUUAUUAUUAAAUUUCAUGAUAAGGUCAUCCGUGACAAAAUCUGGUUCAGCAAAUCCAGGCUUAAAGGCACAGGCACAACUUUGUCAGAGUUCUUGACUCAUUCUCGUCACAACACUUUCAUGGCGGCGCGGGAGAGAUUUGGCGUGAACAAAUGCUGGACACAGGAAGGCACCAUUCAUGUUCUCGGCAUUAACAACACACGGCAUCGUAUUACUACCAUCGCCGAGCUGCAGUCACUGGAGCCUGAGCCAGCAAAACCUGCUGCUGCAACUAAGCUUGCCCCGAAGGCCAGGAGAGUGAUAACCGGGAAGAAAUAA